CACGACGGCCCGGCCGUGCCGUGUGCGGCGAGCCUAUCUGGUGUGUGUGUCUCCGCUAGGCUAGUUAGUGGCCAUUGGUCCAGCCCUGUUUCUGCCAGAAUGUGUUGGCGUUCUUGAUGAACCCUGAACGGUCGGCACGCCACUCCUCCUGAAUGUUUUAUGUAUGGCACCACACACACACACACACACACAGAGAGAGAGAGAGAGAGGAAAAGUUGGACACAGACGAGUGUGAGUCCGGUAAUACUACUCACAAGUUCUUUGGCUGCGACGGUGAGGUAGAGUUUGCCCUCGUGGAUCUCCCACUUGGCGGGGUCGGUCAACACAUACUCUGCACACACACACACACACACACGUGUCAACACAUACACAAGCGUGGGUGAGUCGAUCUAUAUGUCGGUGUGUAGGGUAGCGUACCUCCGAAAGCCAUGGCGAAGGCACACCAAGCGCCGUACUUGGGCAGGUACGCCUCUGUAGGCACACACACACACAGCGCACAGACACAAAUGAAGAGGCUUGCUGAGGUAAGCAUGUGUAGGCACCCACCAGGGUUUGCGUCGAACAUCUGUUUGUUCUCCUUGUUCUCGAAAGCAACCUGACGGAUGUCAUGGGGCCACACACACACGUCUGUGUGUGUGUGUGUCUGUGUGUGUGUGUGUGGGUGGGUCUCGCUGUGUGUGGUAUGUUGCCUUAAAGAGUCCCUUGUAGUCGCUCUCGAGUGUCUCGUCGCCCUUCUUGCCCGUCACAGGCUGCACACACACACAGACACACACACACAGACAGGUGUCCAGGCAUUGAUUACGCAGCUCGGUGGGGUGGGUACCUUAGCGUCUUUCUCGAGCUUAAAGUAUGCUACGGGGUCGGCACCUUAAGCAAAUGGAAUUAUAAAAAAGAAAUUGAAAAAUGGGAAGAAAUGUAAACGAAAGAUUUCAUAGUAAAGACGCUUUAGAAAGAUCCUCCCCUUCUACCACUCAAAAGAUAACCACCUGUACACAUACACACACACAGGGAGAGAGAAUCUCCCUCUCUCUCGCUCUGUGUGUGUGUGUGUGUGUGUGUGUCUGUGUGUGCAUACCAGGUGCGUAGAAGGUCACUGACUCGCCGAUGACCGCGCCGUCGACGUCCACCGGCACAAUGGGGCCGGUGCCUGCAUACACACACACACACACAUAUUCCCACACGAGUAAAUCUCCCUCUGUCUCCUCUGUCUGUCUAUCUGUCUGCGUGUGUGUGGUGGCUACUUCCGGUGAAUGAGUACGGCAGCACGACGCCCAGCACGAUGGCCGCGGCGAUCAGCACCGCAGCUGCAGUCACGGCUAUGAUCAAGUUCCUGCACCCAUCACACACACACACCCGAACAAAGGAAUACACACACGUGUCUGUGAGUAGGUCUCUCUCACUCUCUCUGUGCUGCUUACAUUUUGGACUUCUUGCAAGUGGGGCCGCAGGAGGGUUUGCACUGGAGGGAGGAAUUUGAUGAAGCCUCACGGUCAGACGCGGGCGACGUCAGGGGCACCACUGAUCGAUGGACGAAUGGAUGGCACGCAAACCGAGAGACAGUGUGUCCAUCCAUCCAUCCACCUCUGAAUGCAUACCGACCGAUGUGUUCGUGCGGAGACGGCAGCGACUUGACAGUGAUGCCAUUGCAGUUCUCGCAGGACACCACAGCCGGACCUGUGGUGACAACCGUGUGCUGCUGCGCAUUGACACCCCCGCUGCAGCUCGUGUUGUUGACACCGCCGGCACUCUGGUGCGUGUGGUAGCCCGCACAGGUGCACGGCACCACACGCCUACACACACACACACAUCGCACAAAGGCACUCACGAAUGCACCACCAGACAGACAGACAGACCAUCACACCUGUUGCAGCAUCUGCAGACAGGGUUGGUGCAUGGGCAGUAGACGUCGUGUGUGUGGUGCUGCUGCUGCUGCACGUGGUACAGCUGCUGGGGAAUGGGCGGCGGAUUCGGGUUUGUGCCAGCAUUGAACCUGCACACAAUCAGAGAGAAACACACACAUGGAUUGCACGGCCUGAGUGGAUCUCUCCCUCUCUGUGCGUGUGUGUGGAAGGGGGGAGGGAGACGUACUGCAGUGUCUUGACUUGCUUCUUGAGGUUCUCGAUCUCCAGCAUCUGCUGACCCAAACCUGAAGCACACACGCCACACAUGACACACACACACACAGACAGACAGACAGACAGACAGAGGUACGCCUGAGUGAAUGUGCGUGCGUGUGCGUACCUCCGAACCCUCCGUGGUUGAGAGUGUACUGGUGCAGCAGCGCCGACGGAUCGUCACACUUGCCUACACACACACAUACAUCCACACACGCCCAUCCGACCACACAUCCAUGUGUGUCUUCGAGCUGCACAUUCGUCCAGCCACCCAGCCAUGUAUCCAGGCAUACCGUUGGCAGUGCUGCCGUUGUGUUUGUAGCUGCCGGUGGUGUCCUUGCCGUCGUGGCCCUGACCGUUGUUCGUCCCGCCCUGCAUCCUCGCCGCAUACGACACCUUCACACACCACAGACAGACAAACAAAACAAGCUGAUGGACUCCCGUGUUCGUGUCGUCUUGUGUGUGGUUUACCUCAGCUUCGGGUUCGUCGGUGGAGACCUGCUGCACCUGCUGCUGAAGGUCCAACGCAGCCGGGGGCAAACCUGACGAAGGACCAAAAUAUAUCAUGGAUGGAUGGAGGGAUAGACAAAACCAAACACAUGCAUGCUUGGGUUGUGCAUGGCUGCCUGCCAUUGUUACUCAGCUCAGCUCACCCCUCGACGGGUGGGAGUGGGACACAUGGGUCGGCAAACUCCUCGCACCAGUCUGUUUGAUACGCACAUACAACCCACACACGACACGACAGUACACGAUAACACACGCACACACACUCACACCCAUCGAUGGCACUCCACCUCACCUGUGAGCCGGCGAUGCUUUCCUCGAAGAAGACGGGCAGGUGUGCGCGGGGGGACGGCUUCAGCUCGGGCGACUCCAGUAUCAGACGCAGCGACUCAGCCAAACCCAGCCGCUGCUCCGCAUCGCGUGCACCUAACUCGCGACUGGCUCCCUCACUGAUACACACAUAGACACACACAGACACAGACACAAACACAAAUACAGACACAGACACAAACACAUGCACGCUAGCCCAUCCAUCUCUGUCUGUCGGUCGGUCGGUCUGUCUAUGCAUUCCACUCACUUGUCGACAGUGCAGCAGACCCCACAGACCGGCCCAGCAGCGGGCCUGACUGUUUCCUGCAUGACCACACUGCUGCCGGCCUCGCCGCGAUGCGCCGGCCAACUCGACCCAUUCGGCGAAGAGCUGUAACCAUCUGCAACACCCAACACGCAGAGACAGACAGACACCCACCCUGGCUUGUCCCACCUCUCCAUCUCUGUCUGUCUGCCUGUCUUCCGCCCAUCCCACGCACCUGAAGUAUGUCCAUUGCCGCUGGCCUCUCUGUGCACCGGCAGCUGAAGGGGCUCGUGCAUGACCUCAGAGGUGCUCUCUGUCGCGACGCACAACCCGCAUAGGUGGCUCAUGAUGCCAACGUCACCCGGCUGGAGUCGUCUUCCAGGCAAAAAAAGUGAUCGGCUGACACAGGCGGUUGGAUCGGGGGGCGGCACGGAGAGAUCUGCCCUUGGCGGUUAAUGCCUUCUCAAAG